UGGAUCAACUUUUUACCUCCACAUCUGGAUGGUGGGGGGGGGGUUCACUUUCUAUAACUUCUUGAUUCAGGCUUUCUGAAAAGCUCAAAUAAUUUAGUUGAUGGACAAACGGAACGCCGGGCUUUUAUAAUAUACCAACUGCUUUUUAUCCCAUCUGUUUUGGUUUUGAGGAAUAUGAUACUGUCUUUACAUUUAGGGACAAUGCAUUAUUGUGGAAUCGUAAUAGGUUUUUUCCCCCGAAUGAUUGUAUCUAUGUAUGAAUGGAUGCGUGCAUUUAAAUUCAGAGUAAAGCCUUUGGGGUACACCCUUGAAUAGGUGGCAUUUUUGUACGCAUUGCUCCCAAUACCAAAAAGCCACUUCCUUAACCAGAGGCACCACAGAUACACGCAGAAUGGCAUCCUGCACAUGCUGGAGAGGAACAGGCGGCUCAAGCCUCGGCCCGAACGCUUCCAGUCGUGCCGCGAGCACUUCGACAUCGUCCUCACCUGCGAGGAGCGCGUAUACGACCAGGUGUUGGAAGAUCUGAACUCAAGGGAACAGGAGACUUUGCAGCCUGUGCACGUCAUCAACGUGGACAUUCAGGACAACCACGAGGAUGCGACACUGGGUGCCUUCCUGCUCCUUGAGAUGUGCCAAUGUAUCAAGCUCACGGAUGACGUGGACAAUGACAUCGAUGAGCUCUUGCAAGAUUUUGAGGACAAGUGUGGAAAGCCCCUUCUCCACACGGUGUGCUUCUACUGAGAGGGUUGUUGACGCAUGCAACACUUGGGACUCCGGAAAACACUGUGUACAAGCAGCCAUGCAUUUUUGUCAACCAGUGCAUAUGUUUGAUAUGUAUUUCAUUUAUGUAUAAAUUUGUAAAUAGGAGAUAUGUAUGCUGAUUUUCUGCGAUUGUCAUAAAAUGAAAUGUAAAACAAAAAAGCAAGAAAAGCCAUUGCACCAUAAACAGUUAUCUUCGAGUAGAGUUUACUUGAAAUUACAAAAAAAUUACAGCAAUAGCUUGGAAUUUGCCGGCACAAUAUUUUUUUUUGCGCCGUUUGAUUUGAAUCGACUUAAAGAAUUUCUAUUAAAAAAAAUGAGGUUUUUUGUUCCCGAGCCAGCGGGUACUUAAAGUUCACGGUGGGAAGUUGCUGCAUCAUUCCUGUGUUAGAUGGGCAGGGAUGUGGAGGGGUGGGGAACACGUGGACGUGACGUGUCAAAGGCUUUGCAGAGCUUGCCCGUUGAGGCGCGUGCGAAAAUCUCAACUCCGUUCUAUAAAUCUUUGGAGAGCACUCGUGAAAAAAAUGUUGGACAGGUGCAGAUAUUUAAAGAUUUACGGCGUGGUGUUUGCUACCUAACAACGCAGCCUUAUUUUUGUCGCCUUUCACCUACAGUUCUUUGACAAAAAGCUACAUAUACAGGCAUAAUCAAAAUAAUUGGGCAUGACUUCUACGUUAAUGCUCGGGCAGACAUUUGCUUCGCGUUUAACACCUUGAAAAUGUUCCACAAGCCAAACAGGUGCACGGUGUGUGCUGUGGUUUAAAUUGGCCCCAUGGGCAACGUGACAUCUGGCUUGAUUAAAUGUACAAAAAAAAAUGACAAAUAUCAUGUCAAUAACCAAUGUGUUCAUAGUUGCAUGUUUGCUUCUUUAAAUGGCCAAAUAUUUGAGCAAAACAUGGUAAAGUUGAACUUGGCUAGUUUACAGUUAUCCAGUAUAUGUUUUUUUUGGGCAAUUGGAUCAUUUGUUCAUGGAGAAUAAUUUAUGCUAUUUGGAAUCUUAACCUGAACACCACAGGUGAGAGAGCAGAAUAUACUGUUUUGCUGCAUUACACCCUGCAUUUUGUCUUUAUUUAUACAAGCCCACAAUAAUGCUAAAAGCUCAUUUCCUUAAUAUAUUUUUAACAAUUUAUGGCGUGACAUUGUAUUUAAAAUAAAUGCACACUUGAAUAUGCAA